AACACCCACUAGUGCUCGGGACAACCCCCAUUCUAUUCGCGUCUUCGGACACAGAAACAAGCCCACUGCAUUUCAUCUCGCUCUACUGUUUUUCACCUGCUUCGGGUGACCAACUCUCUCCCGCAACCUCUCUCGUUGGACUAGGAAGUCGGAAAGCGGCUAAUCGCGUUCAACUCGUUCUCUUAAUCUCAUUGCACGUUAAGGAUGAUGAUUUAAUAGAUGGAGACAUGGAUUAAUAAAUUCCUGCCUCCGACUGAGAGCUUGUCAUUUCAGCACAUCGACGAGGCCUUAGAAGGACGGUCUAAAACUGGACAUCCUCAGUCCUGAGCUUUCGACAUUUCACGUGUUUUAGUUAAGAUUUCAGGUUGGGGCAGCUCAAGGAAUCCCCUUAUUCAAUUGCCUAGCUUCACUUCAGAAAAUUGUUGUAUUUUGAUAUCAAGCGUUUGAACAAAGAACAUUUUGCAAUGGAUAGGAAAGUAUAGUCAAGUGAAAUCUUCAGAAAACAACUUCAGCUUGCAUUGUGUGGGGCAGGGAUAUGGAAAGCUGCAGGAAAAUCAGUUUUGAAUGAACUUGUUUGAUUUGUCGAAUGGACAGUAUCCAGGAGAAAAGGCAGAUUUGUUUAUCUACUUCACAAGGAAGAGACAAAGUUGGGGACAUCAACUUUGGGAGUUCAUAAACUAAAAAUUAUCUUGAAAUUGUUUUGUAAAUUGUGAUGUUUCCGCAUUGCCCACCAGAACUCAUGGCGUUUACCCCAGUCCACCCUUCAAAAUUCACCCCUCUGUCCCACUUCUCCCCUCUCGGCCCUGGCUUCCCUCCCCUAGUGGCCGUAGGUACAUGGCACCCGCACACCUACCGACCGCCGACAAAGCGAGUCACACCGUACUUCAUCUCCGAUAUCUUGGGAAUCCCACCCGACCCUUCAGCCGUGGCGGCCGCCGCAGCUUCGGCAGUGGAUAGACAUCACGCCCACUACCAUUAUCACCACGCACAGGCGGGAGCCCUCGCCCGAUCGACAGCCUGCCCGUGGGACGCGACAACGCUGGCUCAAGCGGCCGAGUUCCACGCGCACUGUCGAGGACUCCGUGCCUCUUUCAAGCACGCCGUGGAGAAAUCGGGUUAUGAGAAGACGAAACACGACCCAACAUCUUGCGACACUCAUUUCUUGCUUAGCCAUAAACAAUCUAAACUGGGGCUAGACGAUAAGACAAUUGACCUGAUAAACAACGACACAGGUGGAAACGACAGCGACAUAUCGGAUUGCAAAUCGGACACCAGCUCCAUCUCGAAACGAAAAUUACCCGUGGACGACGACGAUGACGACUCGUCCUCGCAAAAUCCAGGGGACAAGGAAAAGAAGAAGAAGGCGCGGACGACAUUCAGCGGUCGGCAGAUCUUUGAACUGGAAAAGCAGUUCGAGGUGAAGAAGUACCUGUCGGCAAGUGAGAGGGCCGAGUUAGCUUCCCUACUGAACGUCACCGACACGCAGGUGAAAAUAUGGUUUCAGAAUCGACGUACGAAGUGGAAGAAAACGGAGGGGAUAUCGAACGCCGAAGCGGCCGAGCACAAGAUUGGUGGACCGAAACAUAUUGAUACGAUCAGACAAAAACAGAUCGACGCUAACAAAGGAAAGCUUUGCGACGAUGUUGGUCUCGUCAAGAUCGACAAGGCAGACGAUAAGGUGAACGACUCCCAUAUCCAGCUUCCAGUCAACGAUGUCGUGGUGGAAAGUUCUGGAAGCGUCAUGAGCUCAACGGUUGAUUCAGCCAUCGUCUCCGAUACACGGUUCGACGUCAAUGACCACGACAGGGACACUAAGAACAUCGAAACUGUGGCCAUGAAAGACAGCGUCUGCAUAGAGCUUUGUCGUGCUCCUCUCGAAAGGUGCCAUUUUCCACCCGUUGUCAAAGAGGAGGCUCAAGAAGAGUUCUCGGAAGGUAUCCUCAAACCAGAAAACAUUUGCCAUCCUCUGGACAGACCUCUAGAAACGGACAAUAGUCCUUCAGAAAUAUGACUGGUUUUCAUCCAGAAGGAAGACUUAUCACUUCACUUCUGAUAUGUAUAUUUUGUUUUUAAAAUUUACACUGGAUGUAUAUUUACUACAAUUUAUUGUAUCAUGUAUUUUAUCGUGUAUUGUAUCUUUUCGUUGCAACCCUUCCGGGAAAGAAAAAACUACUGGUAGUAAAGCUCCCUCUCUUUCGUAUUGAUUUGUCUUACCUUUACCUGUAAACGAUUUCUUUUUUAGAAAAGAUUAUCAUGUCCUCAGUUUUUGUUAUUUCCAAUAAGUAUAGUAUUCUUGUUAGAUAAAGAUGUAGCUUUGUUAUGUAGGCCAGGAUAUAUCAGAAUCAAAUAUAAGUGCGCCGAUUCUCUCUUGCUAAUGCAGCAGUCCCGUUCUACUUACGCCCAUCAUACACUAUACGAUCCGAUUUGGGAAGAAUUAAGAAUAGUAUUUGAUACGAACAUUCGAAUAUGUGAAAUAUUAAUGUCCGAGAACCUGAAGAGUGAUAUGAUUAAGAAAAUCUAAAUUUCAAGGGAUUUCAUGCUUCCUUGGAAGAGGGAAAGCUAAAUCGGCUCAGAAUCGUAGUGACGUCAGACCAGUAGUCCCAUUGUCUACAAAAUUUCAAGCCGAUUCGGGUUUUAUCCUGACCAGAAGAGUUCAGUGCAUCAAAAUUACGGUUGUUAUAGUAUUCUUAUAUAUUUUAUAGAUUUAAAAUAUAAUACAAUUGCCAUUUCUUCGAAAAUCGGAUCACAGGACGAUCGUCUAGUGUGCGAUGGGUUUGAUUUUUUCUUGCCUAUGUCGUUUUAGCAUUCCAAGCAAACAAAAAGAUAUCAUUAACAAAGAUAGUCUGCUUUGAUAUAACCUAUAUUUAUUUAUUAUCUUAAGAGACACUCGAGGCUUUAUGAUUUAUUCAAUUUAGUAAAUGCAUUUGUACUUUGAUUUUUUUUUUAAAUCGCAAUCAAACAUUUCUUAAAGUGUUGAAAAACUUAAAGCACAGUAGGCAAAACAUUGUAAUGUUUUGUCUUUUAACGAUGGAAGUAGUAUUUAUUUACGGUUUACUGUUAAUUCAAGAUCCAUCAAGUAUGCUUUUUCUUCAUUUAAUGCGUUAUGAAAUCAACCAGAUCCUUGAGACAAUGUAUAAUAAUGAAAACCAGUCAACCAAUUAUCAUUUAAAAAACAUUCUAAAGACUUGCCAAUUUUACAUUGAAAAUAAAAAGACUUUUUUCCCCCAACUGUCUCACGUCACCUCACUAAGUUUUUCAGCCCUAGCCUUUUUGGGCUUCGGCACCUCUUUAAAAGAGGAUUUUGUCGAGAAUAGACAGAUUUCAAUAUGAUUUCCAUAUAAUAAUUGAUAUACUUAAGCACAAUCCAUGCCUUAUAAUCCACACUCCUUUAAAUGAACAAUUAUUAUCGAGAAACAUAGGAACGAAGAUAUGGAAUCUUUAUUUAAUAAAAUCGUGUUCUAAGCCUUUCAUACUUUUUGAUGUGUUAAUGUAUUCGUUAUCACAAUUUAUCAAUAGAAACGGUGUGUUUUUAUUGUUAUAGUUUUGACCCGAUGUCUUCCCAAUAAUCCAUCUGUCAUUACAAAUUGAAAUAACAGCACUCACUACAGUUAACACGUUUCGUGUAUAACAAUUCUUUAUGAAAUGAAUGGUGACGUUAGAUGUACAAUAACCUGAUGCGAGCAACAAAAGUUUUUUUUUCUUGUGCCAAAUUCCGUGAGUUGUCCCUUUUUUUGGUACCUUUUAAUCACAACAAUUGCUGCAGAAUGUCCACCUCGAUCUUCCCGGCUAAUGACCGCUCCAUAUACUCUCGACUAGACAUGCUUGAAACCCCAUUCAUCAAAUCAAUUAAAAUCAUUAUUUACCCUAUCUCGUCUUGUCCUUCCACAACAAAAAUUCUUCCCGCCUUCAAAUCGUGCGCGAAACUAUUCAGAACCUAAAUCUUCCUGACAUGUUAAAAUGAUCCGAUUGUUGUAGCAGAGGUUUAGGUACACUGUGGAUUUUGUUUUCUAAAAGUAAAUUUAAUCAGUGUAACGUUGUCGUGCAAACACAAAAAGCUAAAAGUUCUUCUGGUCGCCACUCUAUUUCAUUGUUGACAUCGUAUAACAGACGUGUUGAAUAGCAUCGAGGCGUUGCUUGAAGAGAUAAUUGCUCUUAAAUUAAUUCAACAGGACGCAAUAUCAUUGGUGUGUAGACACUUAAGACGACAUUUGAGGGGUUUAAUCGGCAGUGUUUUCCUUGGAUGUCCAACUUUUGUUUACUUUCUAUUUCUAGAGGCAUACGAGGAGCAGUAAUAGCUUUCAAAAAGUGUAGACAUGAUAAUCGUGGACGCCUUUUGACAUGGAGAAACUAAUAUGCUCGAUCAUGGACGAGGAUAAUUUGUGGGUUAAAAAACACAACUACCAACAUUAUUUAAACAGUAAGAUCUAAUCCAAGACUCGUACAAAUAUAUCGGUAAAUGGAUACUUUAUCUUUUCAUUGUGGAUAAAAUUAUGUUGAAAUAAAUUAUUAUUUUUAAAAAAAUAUGAAAAUAAGGAUAUCAUGCUGCUGAAAAGGUCGCUUUUAAUGCAUAUAAUGUACAAAUGAAAUGAAGUAGUAAUAUACUUGAUGUUACACGAUUUUGAUGAUGAAUUUAGAACAAAUUGAGGCAAUGCUGAUUGAAUGUUGCAACAGUUUUAUACAUGCUUUCAUUUGUAAUGAUCUAUUUUACUGUAAUGUCGCCGGCUCUCUUUGGGGUAGUGACAUGGAAAUCUCUUAUCUGUAGUACAUUGAUUAUAAAUGCUUUUCAUAUGGCCUAUUCUGAAGUGGCCAAAAAUCAGCUUACUUCGACCACAUUGAAGUAAGGGCAUGUUUCUCAAAAUAGAAUUUUUAUCAGACUAUCACUCAUAUCAUUCUCGAGUUUUACAGUUUUAGCUGAUGACGUCAUCCAUAUCGCUUUUGUUCAAUAAGUAUAAAAUACUCUGAUUUUAUUUGGGUUCUUUCUAUUUGAACUCUUUUUUUUAGAUUGAAAUGCAUUACAGAAAAGAAAGCGACGAUUGUAAACACCAUAAUGAUGUAUAAAUAUACGGAGUCCACUAGAAGUGGAUAACCUAUGUCAAUAAC